ACUUAUAAAUUUGCUAUAACAACUUAUAGUUUUACACUAAUAUUGAGAAUAUCAAAUAUGUCUAAGGGAAGAGGCAGUGCAUCUAUGAACAUAAUCACUAUGAUGCUUUCACUACUUCUCCUUUUGAUCCUACUUGAAAGUGCUAAUGCAGCAACUUACAACGUUGGAGGACCUGGUGGAUGGACCUACAACACUGAUACUUGGCCUACUGGAAAAAAGUUUAGAGCUGGUGAUGUUCUCAUUUUCAACUAUGAUUCAACGAUACAUAAUGUUGUGGCUGUGGACAAAGGUGGAUAUGGGAGCUGCAAGGCAUCAGGAGGUGCAAAAGUGUUUAGUUCAGGGAGUGAUCAGAUCAGGCUAGCAAGAGGGCGAAACUACUUCAUAUGUAGCAUUCCUGGUCACUGCCAAUCUGGGAUGAAGGUUUUCAUCAAUGCAGUUUAGUGUUUAAGCUAAGUGAUUAUUAUAAUUAGUUAAUUAAUGGUUAAUUAGAUGGUGGUUUGAUCUCUUUAUUAUAUGUUAAUUAGCUGGUGAUAGUUGUUAUAUGAUAAUUUGGUUAAUUAUAUGUAUGUAAAAGGAGUGUGUGUGUGUGAGUGAGGUGGCUUUGUAUUAUAUAUGAAACUUGUAUGUUUGAUUGUGUGAUGUGCUGUGUGAGAAUAUGUGAGAAGUUAUAUGAAAGAGAAUUUUUAACGUA